UGGAGGGUCCACAUGAUUGAGGGCUUGGUCACGCUUCUGUUAAUCACCUCCAGCCCGUACCCCGUGUGCCUGGACCCGGGGGCAGCUUGUGGGGUUUAGUCCUGAGUGAUGCUGUGCGUGUUUGCCUGCCUCGUUUGGUCUGGGCAGAGCAGUAACUGGGAGAAGUUUAGGGAAAACGAGGGCUAUUACUUUAUUUUGAGAUCAGUUCGGAAGAGGAUUUCGGUUCUUUUGUGGUCGCCUCCUGUGAAAUGCCAAAACACCCCAAGUAUUCUGAGUUAACUGACUCUGUAACUCUUGCCGUGGGAAAAGGAAGGAUGGGAGCUCUGCACAGAGCAUGGAGAAUGAUGAACUUCCGCCAGAGGAUGGGAUGGAUUGGAGUGGGGCUGUAUCUGUUAGCAAGUGCAGCUGCAAUUUACUAUGUUUUUGAAAUCAAUGAAACUUACAACAGACUAGCACUGGAACACAUUCAGCAACAUCCAAAAGAGCCACAAGAAGGAACCACAUGGACACAUUCCUUGAAAGCUCGACUACUUUCUCUGCCUUUUUGGCUAUGGACAAUUAUUUUUCUAAUCCCAUACUUACAGAUGUUUUUGUUCCUUUAUUCUUGCACAAGAGCUGACCCCAAAACUGUGGGCUAUUGUAUCAUUCCUAUAUGCCUGGCAAUUAUUUGCAAUCGCCACCAAACUUUUGUCAAAGCUUCUAAUCAGAUCAGCAGAUUACAACUGAUUGACACAUAAAAUGAACACUUUUCUUAACUAAUUAUAAAACUGCAAGUCCUGUAUCGAGUUUAAUCACAAGACUGGGGCUUUCAAGUUUACAGAGGAAGUUGUGGUUGGGCUGAGCCUUUCUUUUUUGCAAUGUGAUGAGAGGCAGUUUUUUAAUAAUGAAUUUUUAGAUAGACAAUGGUAUACAGUGCUACAAUCAUGCUGACUUCAACUAAGGAUGUUAUUCAGAUUUUCUUUGGAAGCAAGAUCAUGUCAUUCAACCUAGAGCUUCUAGAGCACAUACAUCUGGACUCUGAUUUUGUUUUAUUAUGCAAGGAAAUAAUGAUUCAGAAAUCUUUCCUUUUGGCAAAAAUGAGUAUAUAUGGACACUUCCUUUGUAUUAAAUGUAAAAAGUUCCUAACAUGAUUAUAAAAUUUAAAUUUUGCAUAAGUA